CCCCCCCCCCCCUGCCUCUCCUCCCCGCUGAUGACACUCGUCUCAUGACCGCCAGCGACCAGUCCUUCGCCUACCGGCCGGUGCAGAUCCUCAGCUCCACCCCCCCGCCAAGCCGGCCAUAUGCGCACCAUGAUGGGGGCGGCUUCCGGGAGGACGCCGGCCCCGGAGCCCUGAGCCCGGGCGGAGCCGGGCCGGCCGGCACCACGUCGCACCUUGAUGGGGAAUAUUCGGACGCGGUGGAGUUCGCUGGCGCCGGGCCUGGCCACCCGGCGGCGGCGCUGGACCCCGGCGCGGGCCCCUUGCACCCGGACUCGGCGACCGCGUCAUUGUACCUGCAUGGGGGGUCGCACUCGGUGACCACCAACGCCUCGUCGCUGUCGGUGAAUGAUGUCGACGCCCGGCACUAUGCCAUGGCCAGUCCCCUGCUGGCGGGCUACUCCUCGACCGAUCGGCUAGAUGAUGACGAUGCCCAAGCUCGGGCGAAUGCCAAGCAGCUGGACCGGCUGCAGCGGCUCAAGAGCGCCACGUUCUGGUUCUCGGUCCUGGUGCUGAUGCUCGGUGGCAUUGUGAUUGGCUUCUCGGCCUCGACCAUUGUCAACUCCCGCAUGAUCUUCCUCAUCCCCAUGAUGCCGUACUCCUAUGUCGCCCUGGGAUCUUUCAUCUUCCUUACCUCCUUCCUUGGGUGGUACAGCUCACGCCGCAACAGCCGGCGCUUCCUGCUGGCGUACAUCGGCCUGCUGCUGGUGGCCAUCAUCUCGAUCACCUCGAUCGUUUUCUACACCCACUUUCAUGAUCGCUCGGAGUUCCCGGCGCUCCUCAACCAAUUCUGGGUGGACACCUACAACGCCAAUGACCCGGACGGGUUCAUCCGGGACACCGAGUGUGACUUCCAGUGCUGCGGGCUGGACGACCCCAUGGAGUACGCCAUCCCCGACACGUGCAUCACCACCUCGCCCGGGUGCGCCGGUGAGGCGUGGGUGUAUCAGGGGGUGUGUGAGCCCUUCAUCCAUCGCGAGGUGCUGGCCAUGAUCGCGAUAAACCAGAUCGUGGGCAUUGCGUCUGUCCUGCUGCUGGGCGUCGGCUUGACGCUGGCGUGUCUGACACACAAGGCCACCCCGAGCCGAGACGACCGGCAGCGGGAGUUCGCCGCCGAGGUGGAGCGCCUGAAUCGAGAGCUGGCGCUCGCCGGGCUGAACUGACGCGGGCGCGCAGGCCUGCUCUUCCUUUUCUUGUGGGGAGUGUGUGUGUGUGUGUGU